AUGAAACUGCUGUUUAUUGUGGUUGUUAGUCUCCUGGCUGUGGGUUAUGCCAGGGACCAGGAAGCAGAGCUUGCAACCCGAGGACGUAAAAAAGGUAAUCAUACUAGAUAGAGGGGUGGGGAGGGGGCGAAAGCUACUUUCAUGUGGAAAUAAUUUUUAAGUGUUUUGAAACUGCAAGAAAGGCAGCUAAACUUGUCAUUACCGUUGAAGCUUGAAACGGUAAAAAAGCUAUAAGAUAAGAUACAUUGGUCUGCUCUUAGGAUAUUAAGGAUCCCGGAAUAAACCACAUGUGGCCGGAGUUGCUUUCCAACUCCAUCGACUGGAGUAUGUACUCGCUUUGUUUUAACGCUUUGGGUAUUCAAUGACUUUCAGCUAUAAAUGGUUUAAGCCUACACCGAACAUACCGUGUUCAAUUUUCCAACGGAUACAACGUUUUCAUAACGUUUUGACUCUUCAUGUCCAUCUAAUGAAAGGUUUACGUAUUCGGGUUAAAUCUAAAUUGGUAUGGUAACUUUAACUACUUUCAAAUACAUUCCAAUAAUUUUAGGCUAACGAAUGAAAGAAAUAAUUUAUAUGUAAAUGACUAAAAAUCAUGUAUCAACAGGGCCCACGCAGGGGGAGGUGCUGGGGGGGGGGGGCCAGGGUCCCCCCACUUUUUGCAAAAAAAUAAUAAUAAAAUUAAGAAAUACACAUUUUCUAAUAAAAGGAAUCUUUGAUGGAAUAAGAGUUAUAGACUGGCGGACCUCGCCAGAGCAUCCAAACUUAUGAUUGGUCCGUUUCGAUCCUAUAUCAUAUGGUAAGCCUCAAAACGACUAUCUUUCAAAACUGCACUUAGUCGUAGACUUCCGCGUUUUCACCAGCAAAGUGAUGUAGUAUAUGCACAAACAAUGGAGUCUUUUUUUAUCAAGGUUCUUAAAUCUCCACGGAGCUACGAUUUCUUAAAAAAAAAAAUGAACUCGAUGACAUUGUAGACGACAUAAAAACGUUUCAGGAAUUCCUCAGCAGAGCAUGAUAAAUGGAAUUGUCCCGAUCUGCAAGCUUCUGCUGGUAAAUCCUUCGACAGGAAAAGCUGGGUCCUUUUCGGCAACGCGAAGGUUAAAAACUUGGCUCUGUUCGACAAAAGUUAAAGGAAGGUUCUAAACAGCCGCAAGGAGGGAACUGACAAACUUUGAAAGUGAAUGAAACACGCGAAAAUUAUGAUGCUGCUGUGCAUGGUUACACGGGAAAUCGCAUAGCCACUGGCUUCUUGUAAAGCAGAGACAACGAGAGAGUCAAUAAAGACGAAAACGGAAAGCGGAAAUUGUUUCUGUAUCCCUGUUGUCUAAAGUAUUAAGCUUAGAUUAAUUGUCAUGUCCACAAAUUUGGAAUAUAGAGCAAGAGAAAGAGAGAGAAAAUGAGAAAGUACAUGUCGGCGGCAGACCAGCGAAGCUCAACGAGAAAAAGGGCGACAGAGAUCGAGAUCGAGAGAUAAAAAAAGGAGACAUUUUUUUGUUGGAAGAACAACAUGAAAAUUUUAUAGCGACGGUGACAAAAUGAGAAAUGCUAGCGGCCACCAAUCAAAUGCAAUGUGAAAAUUAGCGGCAGUGAAAAAAAGUGAACGAGAACCCCCUACGACAUUUUCUCCAUUAAAAGUGUAACUAAGAAGUUUGAGUCGUGAAAAACAACGGAAAAGAAAUCUACAAAAAAAGUGUGCUGCAAGUGCAAAGUUGCUUUUUGCCAAUUAGACUUAUUGUUGUUUUUCACCGUUCUCCGGCGUUGCCUUCAGGGCUUAGCAUUACACGAUUUUAUAUUUUGUUUGAACAAACUAUAAAUAUCAUCGAGAGCUUCGCUUUUAGCGCUGGCUAAAUCAAUAUAUUACUGAAUGCAAGGCUAGCAAUACGGCAGGGGGUUGAUUUAUUUGAGGCCAAUAUUUCGGCUAACAAAAUUAGCCUCCCUCAGAAGCUACACUGAACUGUUCCCAAUCCACUUCGCUCCUCUCCCUUCCAACAGCACUUUGGAGAAUAACACAUAGAUCAUCCACCAAUCAUUAAUUAUUUUUUACAGGCAAUUCCUGUGUGAAACAAGAAGGAGCCAAGUGCAUCAAAAGAGGAAAACCCUGCCCGGCCGGUACUGAAGCUUGCUCUGAUAGGUUCUCCUGUGGGAGAAGGAAGAAGAACAGAAACAAAAUAUGCUGCUGCCCGAAACCUGAGCCGACCACCGAGCCGACGACUUAGCUGACGACUGAGCCGAUGACUAAGCCGACGACUAAGCCAAGGCCGAGUGUGUAUUUCAAACAAUUCUUUAAUAUCAGGGGCACUCAAUGGAUCUGUCCCUCAAAAUAUCUGUUCUUCACGGAAAAUUUUUGCUGGCUGGGAAAUUUGGAAAAUUAAUAUGUCCUUGGAAGUUGCCUUGGAAGGAACGUGUUGCUGGGGAAUAGACAAGCCAGGGUGUCUGAGGGGAUUUGUUGUCAAAUUUCAAAGGAAAAUUGGGUGUGGCCUAGGGGCGAACUUCACCCCUAGGCCACACCCAAUUUCUUUCUAUCUAACCCUCCCCGCCCCACCCCCCACUUACAGCUGCAAAUGUCAUCUGGGUUUUGCGGGAGUUCUCUGUGAAAGACGAGGUAACAAAUAAGAACCCUUUUGUAAUUUCAAUAUUGUAUUACAAAAGGGAUAGCAUUGUUCUUAUCGAGUCAGCAACUUUAUUUUUGACAGCUAUUCUUUGUUACCUUAUGUUUUGUUAAUAUGGUAUGUACCUCUUAUUGGCCGAGUUUGAAGCCCAUAUUAAGAAUACACCCCAAGCAUCCAUAAUUAACAUUACAGACCGAGAAACUGAGGCUAAGAAGAUGUUUAUGAAUAUAGCUUCCUGUUUGGUGAAAAAUGAAACAAGCGAUUUGUCAUAAAAAGAAGGGUUUUUUAUUGGCUCUAAAAAACACUAGCAAAUAACUAACUAGGCUUUCUACUGAAAGUGAAAUGAAAAUGCAAAUGCGAAAUGUUACAAAAGUCUUUAGUCGGCGGUCAAAACUAGGAGCACCGCAAUUAGCACUGUAAGUAAUAGCUCGCCAAUGUACGAUGGAGUCUUUUUAUAAUUGGAUACUGUGUCUGCUUUAAAUCUCCUCCAUCUUUCUUUCUUCCGUCUGUGAUAAACAAUUUAAAUGGCAAAAAAGCGUGUUGAGAUGAUCAGGUGCCUUUUCUUGUCUUAAGCUAUGCCAAUCUACACAGUAUUACAAAAUUCACUUGUGAGAUUGUAAUUGUGGGUUUUUUUUUUCAUUUAUCGACCCAAAUUAGGUAAAACCUGCAGUGAAAUAAAACUGCACAGUCCGAAAGCUACAAGUGGAUCGUAUGUUAUCGACCCCGAUGGAGAAGGAGGCUACGAACCAUUCACUAUUCAUUGUGACAUGACAGACAAGAACGGAGUUGGUCUGACAGUUGUUGGUCAUGACAGUGAACAGAGGACCUUGGUCAGAGGGUAUGGAAGCUAUGUACGUGAUAUUCAUUACACAGGAAGCGGCCUGACAAGCAAUGCUCAAUUGUUUGGUCUUCUGGACAUCUCUACACAUUGUGAUCAGUUUAUCAAGUACGAAUGUCAUGGCUCUCUCCUCUUGUUUAGUCCCGGUAACCCAAAUGGAUGGUGGGUCUCACGUGACAACGUUAAAAUGACAUACUGGGGAGGGGCCACUCCUGCGGAUUCCUACAAGUGCGCAUGCGGGGUGGACAACACAUGUGCAGACAGCAGCCGUGGAUGUAACUGCGAUAAGAAUGAUGGCGUGUGGCGUGAGGACAGCGGUCUCCUUACUGAAAAGUCUGACCUUCCAGUUUUACAGCUGAGAUUUGGAGAUACAGGCGCUUCAUUUGAACAUGGUUAG